AAACCUAAAAAGUAAGAAACUCUCAGUUUCGCCAAAUUUCCAGUUCCUUUAACCAAAUCCUACAUCUGUCCGACGAGAACAGACUCUGAAAUUUCGAGCAGAGCUCACUUCAGUUUGCGACUAAUUCCGAUGUCAUCGCUAAUUGCAACGCCCUCCUACAUUUUUCCGACGAGAACACAAUCAGAGCUCACUCCUGUUUGUGUCUGAUUCAGUUUUCACGACUAAUUGCAAUUGAGCGUUCCUCAAUUUCAACCUGGCGAAAGAUGACGAACAUCAUCAGUUACUGCAUCUUCCGUCAUACUGCAUUUCGAUUUCAGCUUUCGGAAAAUGCCGAUGCUCAACACGAAUCCCCAUCCUUCCAUUGUGAAAUUCGGUCAAUUAUUGACUGCCCUUGUGAAACUGAAAGUCCCCGAGGCUGCACUUUCAGUGGCCGAACGAAUGGCUUUGGCUGGCAUCCCCUGCAACGAUUACAUACUUAACAUGUUGAUUCAUUGCUACUGCAAAUUGGGUCGGGUGGAUUUCGGGUUUUCGAUCUUAGGCAAAGCUUUUAAACUCGGGCUUCAACCAGAUGUGAUUGCUUUCAAUACUCUGAUUGACGGGCUCUCCAAAAGUGGGAGAAUUCCUGAGGCAGUGGAGUUGUUUCAUAAGAUGGUGGCUUUAGGAUAUAAGCGGGAUGUGGUCACUUACAACGCGAUCGUAAAUGUGCUGUGCAAGAUGGGCAAAACGGAUGCAGGUCUUAGUUUGCUUAAAGAAAUGGAAGUUUUGGGCUGUAGCCCUAGUGUUGCUACCUAUAACACUGUCAUGGAUGCCCUAUGUAAGAAUGGUUUGAUGUCGAAAGCUUUAGAUGUUUUUUCAGAGCUAAAGAAUAAGGGAGUUUCACCUGAUGUUUUCAGCUACAAUUCCUUAAUUCACGGUCUAUGCAUCUCAAGCAAGAGGACUAAAGCUUUGAAGAUGUUGAUUGAAAUGAUAGAAAGUGACAUUAUGCCUGAUGUAUUCACCUUUAGCAUAUUGGUUGAUGAUUUCUGCAAAAAUGGGAUGAUUUUGCAAGCUAAAGCUGUGGUCAACAUGAUGAUCCAGAGAGGAGUGCACCCAAACAUUGCUACAUACAACUCAUUGCUAGAUGGAUAUUGUUUGCGAAGCGAAGUGGGCAACGCUAGAAGGUUAUUUGACUUCAUGCCCAGCCUGGGAUGCAAGCCUAAUGUUCGUACUUACAGCAUCAUGAUCAAUGGAUAUUGUAAAGAUAAAAGGAUCUCUGAAGCCAACAAGUUAUUUUUUGAUAUGCUUGAGAAGGGUUUGAAUCCAAACAAUAUUACAUUUAAUACUCUUAUUGAAGGAUUCUGCCUCGUACAAAGGCAUCAAGAAGCACAUGAACUUCUCACGAAAAUGGUUGAUCUGGGUCAAGUUCCAGAUGUUGUGACAUAUAGCAUUUUGCUUAAUGACAUGUGCAAACGAGGUAAGCAAGAUGAGGCAUUGACUAUGUUCCAAGCAAUAAAAAAUAGCAAGUUAAAGCCUGAUGUUCGGAUGUACAAUAUCUUGAUCGAUAGCCUGUUCAAAACCGUGAAGCGUGGGGAGGAAGCAUGGGCUUUGUUUACUAGCCUCCGCGAAGAUAAGUUCUUACAACCUAAUGUAUAUACAUAUAACGUGGUCAUUGGUGGGCUUUGUGGACAAGGUUUGGUCGAUAAAGCUUAUGAUUUGUUUAGAACAAUGGAGGCAAGUGGUUGUGCACCGAAUUCCCGUUCUUAUAAUGCGAUCAUCACUGGAUUUCUUCAGCACAAAGAUCCACUUGAUGCAGCGGAACUCAUUCAAGAGAUGGUUUCUAAGGGUUUCUCCGCUGAUGCUACCACAAUGUCCUUGAUCGUAGGUUUAGAUAAUCCAUUUCCUGUAGAACUUCUUGGUUCCUCUGAUUUGGGUGGUGAGGAGAAAGAGCCUAAGGGUUUAUUAACAAAUACAAUUCAAGGGGAAUUAUGUGGUACCCAGAAACCUCUUGAAAGUCAUUAUAAUGAGGGUGGUCAAGUUAGCGAUGAUUGCAGAGGCAUGGAGUGACAUUCUUUGAGAUUUCUGCAUGUACAGUUGAGUUUUCUCCAUGGUUGUAAUUAGAGUUCUCACCAUGAUCGUCGUCACGCUCACUGACUAUUUGCUGUAUUUUCCCUCUGGUCUCUGCUGUGUUUCAUGUACUGACCUCAAGGCUCUGCAUACUUGACCGCUUUAAUGGUGUAGUUGUGAUGUUGCUGUUCUUGUUAUCAAUUAUGGUCCUGCGGUAAAACCAGAAAGGAACAAGGAAAAGGGAAGUCACCAGCAAAAAGAGAAGAGGAAAAGAGAAACGGAAGACAGAAAUGAAGACAGAAGACACGGCCCAGCUUAUUAGAGCCGGCAUGGUUUCACAGACAAUGCACAACAUGUUCACCUGUCCAGGGAGUUUUGCUGAGGCGCAGCAUGGGUGGUGACUUUCCCUGAGAUAAUCACCACAACUCUGAGGAAACUCUGCCAUAUUUCCACGGUUCUCUUCAGUAUUCUAGUGGCAAGGAAACCGAGUUCCCAAUUGAACUUGAACAGACUCUGGAGCUUAUGCUGGCUGAUAAUUACCUGCACACUUUAAUGAGAUUGGUUAUCUUAUUGUUGGCAAAAAUAUAAUGGACCCUGGAUAGGGCUAUGCUUGCCAAGAAAAGUUAGGGCUGCGCUUGGUAUGUGGAAUUGCCUGUCAGGUGCAUUAUGUUUUACUAAGCAGACUUGUAAAAAGCAUUGAUUUGACCAAAGAACAAGUUGGUACUGAAGCUAGCAAAAUGCAUAUGGCUACUUAAUAUGUCCAUUUUUUUGUUGUAAACUAUUAAAUUGUCGUGGAAUGGUCUCCCAACUUCCAAGCAGUGGCUUCUUCUGUUCGUUUGUUUGGUACUAUUAAUGCAGAAUUCGCCAACUAUUUUUUGUUUUUUUGUUUUCCAUAGAGAACUACUUAGAUUGCAUGUGCAUCCUGAGAAUUUGAUGUUGGAAUUAUAGCUUACUUUUGGG